AUGGCAUCCGAAGCGCGUCCAUUCGGAUGGGCUCUGCGCAAGAAUGGUUCCUGCUUGGCACAUCUCGAGGUCGACUGCGGAAUAACGGUAAAUCCGUUUCGCGUCUGCUGUCCAAGCGGCUCCUUCUGCUUGCACGAUAAAAAUGUCGCCUGUUGCCCGUCCGAACCUAAGUGCCAUGGUGCGCUCGAGGCCAAGCCAUUUUGUGCCAAUAGCACCUGGGAUCUAUAUUACAAUGGCGGCUACUUUUGCUGCGAGCAGGGAGCCACAGCAUUCGCGAAGGAGGGUGGCGGAUCCGAUGGGUGUGCUAUUCCCGGGUAUCAUCUGCAGUCGGGGGAGCAAAAAGUGCCAAUAAUUGCUUCUGCUUCAGGCAAUCUUUGUUUAACAGCAUCGAGCUCGACGAUACCAACCCCAACAUCCACCUCCACUCCCACAUUCCACUCAUCGGGCACAGAUGCCCCUACGCAGGCGACAAGCAAAUCGUCAAAUACAAGCACAGGAGCCAUUGCUGGGGGUGUCGUUGGCGGAGUGGUAGGCGCCGCGAUUAUUGCGGGCUUAUUAUGGUUCUUAAUCCGUCGAUCACGACGUAAACAACAAACACCUAAAUUUCAAACUCAACUAAAACCAAUGCAACUCUGGCAGCAGCCAUGGCAGCAUUAUCAAACCCGACCCGAGCUGGACAGCAACCGUGUGGUAGAAUUAGAAAACAGCCGGAGCAGCCAACCACAGGUGGAGCUACCAUAA